GGGAGCGCGACGCUGGCCUCACCCGGUCGCGGCGGCGCCGCCUUCCGGAGCGCAGCGGCCUCUAGCCCGAGGAGCAGGAGCAGCCCGCGCCGGACAACUUGCGAGCCAUGGGGCUGGCGGAUGCGUCGGGACCAAGGGACACGCAGGCACUGCUGUCUGCAACGCAAGCAAUGGAGCUGCGGAGGCGAGACUACCACAUGGAACGGCCGCUGCUGAACCAGGAGCAUUUGGAGGAGCUGGGGCGCUGGGGCUCAGCACCUAGGACCCGCCAGUGGCGGACCUGGUUGCAGUGCUCCCAUGCUCGGGCCCGUGCCCUUCUGCUCCAACACCUCCCGGUUUUGGUCUGGUUACCCCGGUAUCCUGUGCGUGACUGGCUCCUGGGUGACCUGUUAUCCGGCCUGAGUGUGGCCAUCAUGCAGCUUCCACAGGGCUUGGCCUAUGCCCUCCUGGCUGGAUUGCCCCCCGUGUUUGGCCUCUAUAGCUCCUUCUACCCCGUCUUCAUCUACUUCCUGUUUGGCACUUCCCGGCACAUCUCCGUGGGGACCUUUGCUGUCAUGUCUGUGAUGGUGGGCAGUGUGACAGAAUCCCUGGCCCCGCAGGCCUUGAACGACUCCAUGAUCAAUGAGACAGCCAGAGACGCUGCCCGGGUACAGGUGGCCUCCACACUCAGUGUCUUGGUCGGCCUCUUCCAGGUGGGGCUGGGCCUGAUCCACUUCGGCUUCGUGGUCACCUACCUGUCAGAGCCUCUUGUCCGAGGCUAUACUACAGCUGCAGCUGUGCAGGUCUUCGUCUCACAGCUCAAGUAUGUGUUUGGCCUCCAUCUGAGCAGCCACUCUGGGCCACUGUCCCUCAUCUAUACAGUGCUGGAGGUCUGCUGGAAGCUGCCCCAGAGCAAGGUUGGCACCGUGGUCACUGCAGCUGUGGCUGGGGUGGUGCUCGUGGUGGUGAAGCUGUUGAAUGACAAGCUGCAGCAGCAGCUGCCCAUGCCGAUACCCGGGGAGCUGCUCACGCUCAUCGGGGCCACAGGCAUCUCCUAUGGCAUGGGUCUGAAGCACAGAUUUGACGUAGAUGUCGUGGGCAACAUCCCUGCAGGGCUGGUGCCCCCAGCGGCCCCCAACACCCAGCUGUUCUCAAAGCUCGCGGGCAGCGCCUUCACCAUUGCUGUGGUUGGGUUCGCCAUUGCCAUCUCGCUGGGGAAGAUCUUCGCCCUGAGGCACGGCUACCGGGUGGACAGCAACCAGGAGCUGGUGGCCCUGGGCCUCAGUAACCUCAUCGGAGGCAUCUUCCAGUGCUUUCCCGUGAGUUGCUCUAUGUCUCGGAGCCUGGUACAGGAGAGCACCGGGGGCAACUCGCAGGUUGCUGGAGCCAUCUCUUCCCUUUUCAUCCUCCUCAUCAUUGUCAAACUUGGGGAACUCUUCCAUGACCUGCCCAAGGCCGUCCUGGCAGCCAUCAUCAUUGUGAACCUGAAGGGCAUGCUGCGGCAGCUCAGCGAUGUGCGCUCCCUCUGGAAGGCCAAUCAGGCGGAUCUGCUUAUCUGGCUGGUGACCUUCAUGGCCACCAUCCUGCUGAACCUGGACCUUGGCUUGGUGGCUGCAGUCAUCUUCUCCCUGGUGCUCGUGGUGGUCCGGACACAGAUGCCCCACUACUCUGUCCUGGGGCAGGUGCCAGACACGGAUAUUUACAGAGAUGUGGCAGAGUACUCAGAGGCCAAGGAAGUCCUGGGGGUGAAGGUCUUCCGCUCCUCGGCCACCGUGUACUUUGCCAAUGCUGAGUUCUACAGUGAUGCGCUGAAGCAGAGGUGCGGUGUGGAUGUCGACUUCCUCAUCUCCCAGAAGAAGAAACUGCUCAAGAAGCGGGAGCAGCUGAAGCUGAAGCAACUGCAGAAAGAGGAGAAGCUUCAGAAACAGGCUGCCUCCUCCAAGGGCACCUCAGUUUCCAUUAAUGUCAACACCAGCCUUGAAGACAUGAGGAGCAACAACGUUGAGGACUGCAAGAUGAUGAUGAGCCCAGGAGAUAAGAUGGAAGAUGCAACAGCCAAUGGUCAAGAAGGCUCCAAGGCCCCAGAUGGGUCCAUACUGAAGGCCCUGGGCCUGCCUCAGCCAGACUUCCACAGCCUCAUCCUGGACCUGGGUGCCCUCUCCUUUGUGGACACUGUGUGCCUCAAGAGCCUGAAGAAUAUUUUCCAUGACUUCCGGGAGAUCGAGGUGGAGGUGUACAUGGCGGCCUGCCACAGCCCUGUGGUCAGCCAGCUUGAGGCUGGGCACUUCUUCGAUGCAUCCAUCACCAAGAAGCAUCUCUUUGCCUCUGUCCACGAUGCUGUCACCUUCGCCCUCCAACACCCGAGGCCUGUCCCCGACAGCCCUGUUUCGGUCACCAGACUCUGAACAUGCUGCAUCCUGCCCAAGACUGCACCUCUGGAGGUGCAGGGCACCCUUGAGAAGCCCCUCACCCCUAGGCUGCCUCCAGGUGCUACCCAGGAGUCCCCUCCAUGUACACACACACAACUCAGGGAAGGAGGUCCUGGGACUCCAAGUUCAGUGCUCCAGGUCUGGGACAGGGCCUGCAGUCAGGCUGGCAGUGGCGGGGUAUGGGGAGGGAACUGGUACAUAUUUUAGCCUCAGGAAUAAAGAUUUGUCUGCUCAA